UGCCCACCUGAGCCUGCCCUGGCCCAGCUGAGGGCUGUGCCCUCUCGAUGUGACCGCCUCCCGUCCCACAGCGUCCGGAGCUCGGGGGCGGCCGUGACCGCGGGCUGCAGCCGCUGCCUGUCCCACGGCUCAGGCCUUUCCUGCCCGUGAGGCUUCUAAGGACACAGAGACAGACCACCCCCUACUCGGGAUCCUUCUGACACAUUCUCCAUACCCGCGGGGAAGGAAGGCGGAGAAGGCGGCGGGAGCCAGCCCCCGGCGGGGCGGGCCCGGCCCGGGGCCGGGCCAUGGCGAGCGGGGCGCGGGGAGCCUGGAGCGAGUGGCCCGUGGAUCGCUUGCUGCGCAGCGGGCGCAUCGCGGCCAGGGACGGGGCCGCCGUGCGCUGGUUCCACGCCGCCAACAGCAGGGCCCGGGCGGCGGAGGCCGCGCGAAGCGACGUGCACAUGGUGGAGGUGGAUGUUGUCCUUCGGGGAGGGGACGGGGAGCCCAUCCUGGCCCACCCCCCGGACACUGACAGCGACAUCACCCUGCAGGAGUGGCUGGCACAGAUGGCCAGCACCGAUAAAGGCAUCAAGCUGGAUUUUAAGAGCCUGGCCGCCGUGGGACCCUCUCUGGAGCUGCUGGGGCAGGUGGGGCAGCCCCUGGACAGACCCGUGUGGCUGAACGGGGACAUCCUGCCUGGGCCCUGCGGGGGCUGCGCGCCGCUGGACGCCCGCGCCUUCCUGGGCGCUGUCACCUCCUCCUGCCCCGAUGCCACCCUGUCCCUGGGCUGGACCACGGGCUGCCACCGAGGGCAAGGCUACGAGUGGCCCAUGGUGCAGGACAUGUGGCAGCUGUGCCACCCGCUGUCCCAGCCGGUGACGUUCGCGGUCAGGGCUGCGCUGGUGCCCGGCUCCAUCCCGCAGCUGCAGUGGCUGCUCCAGCAGAGCCACAGAUACAGCCUCACUGUUUGGACAGGAAAAGAAGAUGUGUAUUCCGUAGAAGACUUGCUUCUCAUCCGAGAAAAUUUUGAUAAAAGUAGGGUUUAUUAUGACAUUUUUGAGCCACAAAAUUCUGAAUUCAAAAAAGCCAUUGGGAUAGAACGGUAAAUGCAGAGCAGGCAAUGCCUGACCCUAUAGUGCUUUUCAUUGUAAACCCCUUCAAAUGUGAGGAUUUUGUUACUCAAAGAAAUGCACUUUCCUUGCCAGAAGGACCGUGUUGAGCAGGCCUGUGGUUACUGCAGGAGGUUUUGUUUGGCACUGUGUAGAGAGGCCUCUCAAACAGAAAUGUAGUGCCUUCCUCAUUGUCCCCUGCUCGCAGCGUGGGACCCGUGGUGCCACUCUCCAGGAGGGGACAGUGGCUGCUUGGACUGCGCUGGCACUGCCAGCUGCUCUGCCCGUGGUCCCUGUGUCCGUGGUCACUGUGUCCGUGGUCACUGUGUCUGUGGUCACCCUGCCUGUGGUCACUCUGCCCGUGGUCACUGUGUCCAGGCAGUGCCGGAGCCGUGCCGUGGCCGGUGAGCAGCCCUGGCUGGUGCCACGAGCUGGGCUCAGUGUGGCCACAGUGACAGUGUUGUCCUCAGCAGGCCUGUCCCCAGCACGGCUGUCC